AUGCCGUUCGCUUUCAAACCGCGUCCUGACGACAGACCCGCUACGGCGGCCCGAGGAGAAGCGGACCGGUCCUCGACCGCGUCGGAAAGCCUCUCUCCUGUCGAACAGCCACUGCAUUCCGAGCUGUUCGGCAACCGACCCGCCACCGUGUGGCCGUAUGCUGCGCCCGACAAGAGCUUUGAUCUGGAUGCCUGGAAGGCCGAAUCGCAGCCAUCGCGACCUCCGAGCUACAGCGAUCAUAUCUCCUUCAACCGCGGCGCAGCAGCAUUCACCCAGAUGAAAGAUCUCGAAGCUUUCCACGCCUCGGCCCGCCGACCGGAAAGCGAGCACAUGCGACACUUCAGCGGCGGGGUCGACAGGAGUGUCGUCGAUGCAGGGCAGCUUGGCGGACCACCUUUCGCUAUGUCCGCAUACCCGGCCAACUUGCCCAGCGCAAGGCUUUUGCACCAUCGCGUGGCUUCGGCAUCUUCGGCGCUCUCGGGUGACGACCGCUUCAUGCUUCCCUCGGACCCUGGAUCCGACUUCAGCUCGGACUACUCGGACACCUUCCAACCCAACUUCGCAGUCCCGCAUGCUCUUCCGUUCGAGCCUCAGUACGAAAGCCCCGUCCGUCCGGGUCGCGCCAACGUAUCGCCGACCGCUCUGCCCGAUUAUGUGGUGGAGGAGGUUCGACGUCUAAAGCUCGAGAACAUGGCUCUGCGACGCAUGGCGAGCGAGGUGGUGCGCAUCAACAUCGGGUCGGGCUCACUGAACGGCCAGACCGAUCCGGAUCGCACCACAUCCGUCUGCAGCCAGCAUCCGCCUCUCACUUCGGCUCCUCGUCUGCAGAGCGUCUUGCAAGGUGCUGACCCGCUGCAGGUCUACAGCGGUGGUGCGGAACCAACGACGCCGGAGAUUCUUGCCGAUAGGAAGCAGCGAUCCGGCACGGCUGCAUCCAUGUGGGCACCCGAUCGCGCCACCUUCGAAGGAGCCGGAGCCGGCACCGGCGCCAAGCCGGCUCAGCCCGGACCUGUCGCCUUUGAUCGCGGUCGGGCCUUUUCCAGAGCGAGCCCAGCUGUACCUGCGACGCGAGAUGAUGCCGGUGUGUACGACAACGCUCCAGCAGUAAUGCCUGCGCAUCCGAGGACGCAAGCUCUCUCCAAGGGCUCUCCUUCAAGCUCACCGGGCUCUGCUCCGCGCUCACCAUCCAAGCUGGAGAAUGCUCCUGCUGGUCGUCUCGUGGCGAUGAUCCUGGAUCGACGCGGGCAGGAAGCGAGCAUGGUGCUCCAGCAGCAGCUAAAGACCGGCAGCCUUGAGCGACAGACCGAGAUCCUUGACGCGAUUCGCGCGAACGUGGUGGCGCUUUCGCACGAUCGCCACGGCAACUUCCUUGUCCAGGGUGCGAUCGAGUCACGCCCCGAUGUAGCCCUGGCUCUGAAGGGCUCGUUUGUGGAGCUGACCAUGUCGCAAUUUGGCUGCCACGUUGUGCAGAAGGCGCUCGAGGGCGAGGAAGAGGUGCGCGAGGCGGUGGCUCAGGAGCUGCUGGGUUCUCGUCUGGACCAGACACUCACUUCUCGCCACUCGAUCCAUGUGUGGCAGCGCAUCCUCGAGUCGGAAUGGCAGAGGUCGAGUUUCAGGGACGAGAUAUUCGCCUCGAUCAAUCGCCAGCUCAAGGGACACUGGGCUCGCACGGCGCGACAGGAGGCUGGCAGCAUCAUCUGCCAGAACAUCUUUGAAUCCGCUCAGCCUGACGAGAAGGCGCAGUGCAUGCAAGAGGUGCUGGACGAGCUAGAAGAAUGCGCCACCAAUCAGUGGGGCGUGUGGGUCGUGCAGCACAUUAUCGAGCACGGUUCUCCAGAGGAACGUCACGCCGCCCUGCAACGUGUCUCGCGUUCCGCCUCCAAGCUGACGCUUUCUCAGUACGGGCAAAAAGCGGUGAUGAGCGGCCUCAAGACGGGCGAUGCCGAGUUUCUGCACGACUAUGUCGACGUCAUGUGCCAGAGCUCGCAGCCGCGUCGUCCGCCGCUGAUCGACGUGUGCCUGGCGCCGCACGGGAUCCAGAUUGUGACGCAGCUGCUGACGACGGUGGAGCCGCGCACGCGCGAACGCAUCAUCUCGACUGUCAGGCGCAACUCGGUCUUUCUCAAGGGCAGCAAGGCGGGCAUGAAGGUGCACCAGCUGUGCGAGAGGGCGCGCGCCUUUGCUGGCUACUAA